CCAUUCCAUUCCUUCUCCGUCACUCACUCCUAAUUCCUCCGACCGACAAAAAUAUACUAAAUUAAUUACCACCGACGCCGGAUUCCCAUCCUUCAGAUCUCCCCUUUUUCCUGCUAUUUUCUUCCACCGAUUUCUGAAACUUGAGAUCCAGGUAUCGUCAUUCCGCGGCCAGAGAGGGAUUACUGAGUACUCGUUGAGUUUUUGUUCAAUCCAAUGGCUGUUGCCGUCCGAGGAGCUCGGGGAGGAGGUUUCGCUGCCGGUCUCCGUAGUUUCUUCUCAUACCGGAUAUUCGUGUCCGCCAUGUUUUCUCUCCUCUUCCUCGCCACGCUCUCCGUCCUCCUCACAUCUCAUCCUCCAACCAGUCACCACGAUUCGUCGCUUCCGAGUACUGGAAAUGCGUAUAUGCACACGACUUAUCUGGCUUUGAAUUCGGACCCGCUGAAAACUAGGUUAGAUUUGAUUUACAAGCAAGCGACUGAUUACAUGAUUCUGGUGAAUGCGUAUGCAGCGUACGCGAGGAAGCUUAAGCUUGAAAUUUCGAAGCAAUUGAAGACGUUUGAUGAUUUGGCCAAGAAUUUAUCAGAUCUGCCCACAAAACCCUCAUAUAGUUCCUUGUUUGAGUCGCGGGGGCCGUUGGAUGAGGAUGUGAUAAGGCAGUUUGAGAAGGAAGUGAAAGAUAGAGUGAAGAUCACGAGGAUAUUGAUAGCCGAAUCGAAAGAGAAUUAUGAUAAUCAGUUGAAGAUUCAGAAACUGAAGGAUACCAUAUUCGCUGUUAAUGAAUUAUUGAUUAAGGCUAGGAAAAAUAGUGGUCUUGCAGGUUCAAUUGCUGCCAGGUCAGUCCCCAAGAGCUUGCAUUGUUUGGCAAUGAGGCUUAUGGAGGAGAGAAUUUCACAUCCGGAGAAGUAUACUGAAGGGAAACCUGAUCCUGAGUUUGAGGAUCCCAGUUUGCAUCAUUAUGCUAUAUUUUCAGACAAUGUGAUUGCUGUGUCUGUGGUGGUGAAUUCUGUGGUAAAGAAUGCAGAGGAUCCCUCAAAACAUGUAUUCCAUGUUGUUACUAACAGAAUGAUGGUGGCUGCUAUGAAGGUUUGGUUCAAGAUGAGGGCUGUGGGAGGGGGUGCCCAUGUGGAGGUGAAGGCUGUGGAAGAUUUCAAAUUCUUGAACUCAUCCUAUGUGCCUGUGCUGAAGCAGAUUGAGUCAGUCAAUAUGCAAAGCUUGUACUCCGAGAAUAGGGUGGAGAAUGCAACCAAAGAUGUGAACAAUAUAAAGUUUACAAGCCCUAGCAAACUGUCAAUGUUAAAUUACCUUAGAUUUUAUUUGCCUGAGAUGUAUCCAAAACUGCAUAAGAUUUUAUUCUUGGAUGAUGAUGUUGUGGUGCAGAAGGACUUGACUAGGUUAUGGAAGAUUGAUCUGGAUGGGAAGGUUAAUGGGGCUGUUGAGACCUGCUUUGGGUCAUUUCAUCGUUUUGCCCGGUAUUUGAACUUUUCACACCCUUUGAUUAGGGAGAGGUUUAACCCCAAGGCUUGUGCUUGGGCUUAUGGGAUGAAUAUUUUUGAUCUCGAUGCUUGGAGGCGUGAAAAAUGCACACAGGAGUAUAAUUACUGGCAGAACUUGAAUGCAGACCUGACUCUGUGGAGACCAGGCACCCUUCCACCUGGCUUGAUCACCUUCUAUUCAUUAACAAAAUCACUAGAUAAAUCCUGGCAUGUGCUUGGGCUGGGCUACAAUCCGAGCAUCAGUAUGGAUGAGAUCAACAGAGCUGCGGUCAUUCAUUACAAUGGAAACAUGAAACCUUGGCUUGAUAUUGCCAUGAAUCAAUACAAGAAUCUGUGGACUAAGUAUGUGGAUAGUGAAAUGGAGUUUGUGCAGAUGUGCAAUUUUGGUCUCUAGACAAGACAUUGUGCAGCUUUCUUAUCAACUAGGUCACCUGCGAUAAUGAGUUGCAGAUUCUUCACAGUGAGUUAAUAUAUUCCUUCAAGUUUUUUGGUUUCAUUAUUCAUCUAAUUUUCAGAAUAAACCUCAAUGUUGUUAUCACUAAUUUUUAUGGUGGAAACAGUAUUUGGAAAUCAUCGAUUUUGAAUUUUUGAUGUUUUAUUACUUCUCAAGGUGUCAAGCAUGAACUGUAACAAACAGAUUGGUUAUGUACACACAGAAUGAUUCUUUCAUUAAAAUCAUUUCAUUAUU